GGCUCCGCCGAGGAGCUGGGCGCGCCGAGGGUGCCGAGGUCUCGGCGGCCGGGAGGAUGGCCAAGGUCCCGGAGCUGGAAGACACCUUCCUGAAGGCGCAGCCCUCGCCCCGACUGCCCCCUGACAUCCGGGAAGACUGUUGCGUGCCGCUCCCGGGCAAGGGCUUGCUCGUCUACCCCGAGGACAGAGCGUACCCGGCGGCCGAGGCGCAGCCCAGGGGCGCGCAGGGCGGCGCGGGGCGAGGGGGAGCCCCGGAGCUGCGGGGGGGAGUGAAAUCGGAAAUGCAUUUGCAUGAUGGUAACUUUUCCUCUGAAGAAGAGGAUGCGGACAAUCACGACAGCAAAGCCAAAGCGGCCGAUCAACCCCUGUCUCAGAAGAAAACCAUCACGCAGAUUAUGAAGGAUAAAAAGAAGCAGACACAGCUCACGCUGCAGUGGCUUGAAGAAAAUUACAUUGUAUGUGAAGGAGUUUGCUUACCACGGUGCAUCCUUUAUGCACACUAUUUAGAUUUCUGCAGGAAAGAGAAAUUGGAGCCAGCCUGUGCGGCCACCUUUGGAAAGACAAUUCGCCAGAAAUUUCCCCUCCUAACUACACGGCGGCUUGGAACAAGAGGCCAUUCAAAGUAUCAUUACUAUGGGAUUGGCAUCAAAGAGAGCAGUGCAUAUUACCACUCCGUUUAUUCUGGAAAGGGCCUAACAAGGUUUUCUGGAAGCAAGCUGAAGAAUGAGGGUGGCUUCACUCGUAAAUAUUCGCUUAGCUCAAAGACUGGAACACUUCUUCCAGAAUUCCCCAGUGCUCAACACCUUGUGUACCAAGGAUGCAUUUCUAAGGACAAGGUUGAUACUCUCAUAAUGAUGUACAAAACUCACUGCCAAUGUAUCCUGGACAAUGCAAUUAAUGGAAACUUUGAAGAGAUCCAGCAUUUCUUAUUACACUUUUGGCAAGGAAUGCCUGAUCAUCUUCUUCCCCUGCUUGAAAACCCUGUUAUUAUUGACAUUUUCUGUGUUUGUGACUCAAUUCUUUAUAAGGUUCUUACAGAUGUACUCAUUCCUGCAACAAUGCAAGAAAUGCCUGAAAGCUUACUGGCAGACAUAAGAAAUUUUGCUAAAAAUUGGGAACAGUGGGUUGUUUCAUCAUUGGAAAACUUGCCAGAAGCCCUAACAGAUAAGAAGAUACCCAUUGUGCGAAGAUUUGUAUCUUCUCUGAAAAGACAAACAUCUUUCUUACAUCUUGCUCAGAUUGCCAGACCAGCUCUCUUUGACCAGCAUGUCGUGAAUUCCAUGGUGUCUGACAUUGAAAGGGUUGACUUGAAUAGUAUUGGAUCUCAGGCCCUUCUUACAAUUUCGGGGAGCUCAGACACUGAAUCUGAUAUCUACACGGAACAUGACUCUAUCACUGUGUUCCAAGAACUGAAGGAUCUCCUUAAGAAGAAUGCCACCGUGGAAGCUUUUAUUGAAUGGUUGGAUACUGUGGUAGAACAGAGAGUUAUUAAGACCAGCAAACAAAACGGAAGAUCAUUAAAGAAGAGGGCUCAAGACUUUCUGCUAAAGUGGAGCUUUUUUGGUGCUCGAGUAAUGCAUAAUCUCACCUUGAACAAUGCAUCCAGUUUUGGUUCUUUCCAUUUGAUUCGAAUGCUUCUUGAUGAAUACAUUCUCUUGGCCAUGGAGACCCAAUUUAAUAAUGACAAAGAGCAGGAAUUACAGAAUUUAUUGGACAAGUAUAUGAAGAAUUCAGAUGCAAGUAAAGCUGCUUUCACUGCUUCUCCAAGUUCAUGUUUUCUGGCUAACCGUAAUAAAGGGAGCUUAGUUUCCAGCGACACCGUGAAGAAUGAAAGCCACGUGGAGACAACCUAUCUUCCUCUGUCAUCCAGUCAACCUGGAGGCUUAGCCCCUGCUCUGCACCCGUUCCCUGCUGGGAAUACAGACAGCAUGCCACUCACAGGUCAAAUGGAGCUUUCACAGAGCACGGGCCAUCUGAUGACACCACCCAUUUCCCCAGCCAUGGCAAGCCGAGGAAGCGUCAUUAACCAAGGGCCAAUGGCAGGGAGACCCCCAAGUGUGGGCCCAGUACUGCCAGCUCCAUCACACUGCUCGACAUACCCAGAACCCAUUUACCCUACUCUCCCUCAAGCCAACCAUGACUUCUAUGGGACCAGCUCUAACUAUCAGACUGUGUUUAGGUCACAGCCCCACCCCCCAUCAGGACUCUAUCCUCAUCAUACCGAGCAUGGUCGAUGCAUGGCCUGGACUGAACAGCAGCUUUCUAGAGACUUCUUCAGUGGCAGCUGUGCUGGGUCUCCGUAUAACUCCCGGCCACCUUCCAGCUAUGGACCAUCACCACAUGCCCAAGAUUCACACAGUAUGCAGUUUUUAAAUACAGGAAGCUUCAAUUUCCUGAGCAACGCAGGGGCUGCCAACUGCCAAGGAGCAACAUUGCCUCCUAAUUCACCUAAUGGAUAUUAUGGGAGCAAUAUCAACUACCCAGAGUCUCACAGACUCGGAUCAAUGGUGAAUCAACACGUUUCUGUCAUCAGCAGCGUUCGCUCACUGCCUCCCUACAGCGACAUCCACGACCCCCUGAAUAUUUUAGACGACAGUAGUAGAAAACAGCCCAGCUCGUUUUAUGCAGACACAUCAUCUCCAGUUGCAUGUCGGACUCCAGUACUAGCUACCAGCUUGCAAACCCCGAUACCUUCCUCCUCAUCCCAGUGUAUGUAUGGAACUUCCAAUCAGUAUCAAGAAACCCUGGACUCCCAUGGAACAGGCAGUAGAGAAAUGGUGUCCUCUUUACCACCCAUCAACACUGUGUUCAUGGGAACAGCAGCUGGAGGCACUUAAACCAACAUUGUUGGGGGGGUUGAAACUUUAAAAAUCUCUGCUGUGCAAAUAUCAUUAUUCAUUCAGACUAUCAUGAGAGUAAAGAAAAUGGAAUAUGCAGUGGCUGGACAUUGUUUUUCAAGUGACUCGUACUUUGGACAACUCAGAGAAUGGAGAUACUUGCAGAGUUCGCCUUGCACACAAAUGGUUUAAAACGUGAUCUCAUUAUUAAUCAUACUUUCAAAAAUUAUCAAAUGAAAUCAGUGGAGAUUCAAAGAUGCAAACAUUUCAACUAUGAAGAUUUAAUAUUUCAUUUUCUAAUUUAUUAAAAAUUUGUGUGCUCUUUCAUCUUUGGUUUCUAAGAAAGAGAAAAGUAUAUUUAAUGCCUUCACAAUACCUUUAAAUUAUUAGGAUCUCAAAAUCAUUGUUUACUAUCCCUUAUUUGACAAAAAGUCAAAUGUGUAUGUUCUACCUCCUAUGGAAAUGUUUACAAGGUCAAGAUUUAAUUCAAUUCAGCCUAGACCAAAGUUGCUUGAUUUUCAAUUCCUGUGCAUUAGUGUGAUGAUUUCUGUUACAUAGCAAUAUUCCAAUUCUGUGUAACUGAAUAGAGAUAAUAAAUGCUUUCCCCUCUUUAUUUAAAAAAGAUAAAAAGAAAUAAGAGAAAUAA